AUGUUUAAAAUCGUCGCUCGUUUCAUACUGCGCCGACCGACCAAGAUACUGACGUCGCCACCCCGCUUCAAUUGGUCCCGCGCGGCCAAGCGACGGUCGAGCGCCGUGUAUGAUGCCGUAUCGAGCAACGUCACAAGCUUGCAUCGCUACAGCGUGCUCUCCAAGAUGCAGUGGACGCGCCGCCCAACGCCGGCGCAGACGUGCCAGCCGCAGUACGUGACCCUUGUGGGCGGCCACUGGGUGCCGUUGCACCCGGUGGAAACGCGGUUGAGCAAAGUCCAGCGACGGGCCUUUCGCAAAGCUCUCUUUGUGAUCCCCGAAGACCCGCAAGGCAGCGAGACGGACGACGACGAUGACGCUUCCGAUGACGCCUAA